AUGGCCACGGCAUCUCACAUCGAGCUGAACCCGGCCAGCGCGGGUGUCUACCAUGUCCCAGAUAUAACCGCAGAAUCUGGCAAGAUCGGGAGCCAGCUGCUGCAGGAAAAUCACGACAAGUUCCAUAUCUACUUCAAUACCGGCGGCUUCCACAACCAUAUCGCCCAUCACCUUCUGAGCAUUUACGCCCUGGGAGCCACCCCCGAAGAGAUCCAGAAGGCGUUCGAUAUCAACAAGUCCUAUCAAAGACCGCAAUACCCGGUAGACAAUCGAGAAGUUGAAGCGCUGGCAGAUCACGACAAAUUCAAGGAGUUCUUGGGCAAGGAGAAAUACUUCCAUGACUUUGAGAUCUUCUUCCAGAAAGAAAUCGACGAAAAGGGCUGGGAGCAGGUCUUGAAUGAGCAGGUGUUUGCGCGGAACGAGCAUGCUGACAGGAUGCUCGACAGAAUGUUUGCUGGCUUCCUACACCCCCUGAUUCAUCUCGGAUUCGGCGUCGAGUUCAAGCAGCCGGCGAUCAUUGUUGAAGCACUCGCCCAAGCAGCAAUACAUGACGGGUGGACGGGCAAAUUCCUCCACGCCGCCGAAGACGCCGCGAAGGCCAGCACCGCGUCGAAAAGCUUAGUGCAGCUCAUCCACGAGGCUCGUGCAAACGAAAAGCUGCGUACCUCAGCUCACUGGGAAGAUGGCAACAAAGUCCGGGACGGUGUAUUGGUCCGCGCCCCCGAUGAAAUGGUAUCAUUGGCGUCUCAAUGGCACGUCAAGCCUGACGAGCUGGAACAGAAGACGGCCGAGAUGAUGAAUGCCUCGGUGUACUUUGCGGGUGCAGCACAGAAACCUACCAAGGCGAUCAAGUUCGACUUCUUCUACAUGCACUGCGUCAACUGCUCCAUCUUCUUCUCGGCAUUCAUCAAGGAGCCCUGGCUGAAGAUGGAGGACAAGUGUCGGCUGCUGGAAUGGAAGGGUCGCCUGGAUCUCGCACUGUACGUGUCACGGGGCUGUCCAGAGUUGCUGAUCGAUGAAAUCAAGAACUACCAACCUAAGAACCCGAGCGACGGCUGGGCAGAAAUCAUCCGUCGGGUGGACAAGUUCCCGGACGAUGGACAUGCCAGUAAGCUUGUCCGUGCGAUUGCACACAGCGAGCAAGCUUGCAAGCAAUUCGAGACUCUGGAGGAUGAUGUCUUCCCGAUCAAAGGCGACAUGUUCUUGAAGCUGGGCCACAUGGCAAUUGACUCGGUGGAAACAAGUGAGCCGAAUUGGGUGAGGUCGGCCGGCUUUGAAGAGGCUUGGGAGAAGAUUCCAGGACGGGCAAAACUGUAG